UUCGGCGCAGGCGCGGUGGCUCGAGUUCGGCUGUGAGGAAACAUGGCGGCCCCGGCGCUUACUGCGAAGUUGUAUUCCCUGCUGUUCCGCAGGACUUCCACUUUCGCCCUCACCAUCGCGGUGGGCGCUGUGUUCUUCGAGCGCGCCUUCGAUCAAGGCGCUGACGCGAUCUACGAGCACAUCAACGAGGGGAAACUGUGGAAACAUAUCAAGCACAAGUACGAGAACAAAGAGUAGUUUCUCACCUCCAAGGAAAUGAAAGGACCAGAUCCACCCACCAGCUGUUUGCCCAGAACUGGGGCCUCAGCCUGAAGAUGAUUCUCAAGUAUUCUUCAGGGACCGCUGGUAGCUGUUGGCAAGAAAUGGCUCCACCUAACAAACAGACUCUUUAACUUCUUCCGGGUUUGAAGUGUGUUUAGAGUCAUCCGCAAAUAAAUGUAAAUUAUCCUUGA